AUGAAUCAUAUACAAUCUUCAGACACAUUUUUGUUGCAAACACCAAUAUCGAAAAAGCACAUUGAACUCGAAAUACCCAACACACCAAGCAAGAAAUGUAAGUAUUCGCCAGAUUUCACAGCAGAAGACAUCACACCUUCCAAAAGGUUUCGGUUAUAUCAAGCUAGAUUCAAGACAAGUUCGAAGAAUAUAAAAGCUCAAACUCUUGGCGUAUCGACAAAAAGAAAUCAAGAUGAAAUCAGUAAUCCCUUUAUGUCUGAAAGAUACAAUGACUACCGCAAUAUCGUUAGUCCAGGCUUAAGUUUCGAUAAUGAUUGCUUCUCAGAACAUGAACUAGUUAGUCCAUUGAGUGAUAUAUCGUCAAUAAACUCCACAUCGCCCGAUGUGGAAAAGCCCGAUUCUUUAGAUCCUUUCGGCGUUGAUUCUUUUGUUUGGAAUUGCAAACCUCUUGUUAAUAAAGAAGCACUGGAGCUCCAUAGAAUGAUUCAUUCUUCAUUUCCUAUGAACCCACCCAAUUCCAAUAGCGACAUGCCAUUAUUAUUACCAAAGCUGAAAAAGAGGUUAUCUCCAGUUGGUAGAUCAACCUUCAAACCAGCAAGAUAUGAACCUUCCCAUCGCCUACUGAAGCCCAAAAAGUCAAUUUUAACGAUACCGGCCAAAUCUCUCAACCUCAUAGUGAGUUCGUCGCGGGGCUCUUUGAAUGAUGCUACCAUUUUUGCGACCGAGAUAAAUUCUUCGCUGAGCAAUGAGGAGAACAAACUACCGGCAAUUUCUAGUACCUGGGAGAAGCUCACGAUCCCAGUAAACUCGUCAAUUAAGGAAAAAUACAAAAAACUCAAAGACCAGAUUUAUGGACAUACUAAUAAUGUCGGCGAAGAUGAAGGAAUCGGAGAAGACAGUCUUCCCGACGCGGCAGUUAUAAGAGGUUAUGAAUUUCAGUCGGAAAGAAGUGAUGACCAGAACCUCCGGAACAAAGAAGAGAAUACGAAAGACUAUAAAAAAGUGCAAUGGGCAAAAGUUCUAGAACAAUAG